UCUCCCAGCUGCCCCCGACAGUCCGAAUGGAUUCCGACCCGGAGGUGGUGCUGGUGGAAAAACUUGAAGAGGACGAAAUUUCUACUGAUAAGGAUAGCGGCAUGGAGUCGGCCACCGGCAGCAAGGAUGAAACACCGGAACGCAAACCUUCGACGCCGGAAGAAGCACCUAAACCAGCCGAGCCCGUGAAACCGGCCGCCGCACCGGAGGCAGCACCAGCCGCACCGGCUUCCUCAUCCUCAGCGGCCGCUCCAGCACCGGCUGCUGCACCGUCAGGACCUUCCUCUUCUUCCCGGCCCUCCGCAUCCACCCCGCCGCAACCCUCAAAGACAGUGGCACGCACCACUAGCGCAAACGAUUACGAUGACGAACCAGAUGAGUCCCUGGGUGAACGGCUGUGGGGUUUGACGGAGAUGUUCCCGGAACCGGUGCGCCAGUUUUCCGGCGCCGUCACCGACCUGACCGUGCGAAGCGUCAAGGGCCUGUACUCGCUCACGUGCAAUGUGUCGUGGAUUUUCUUCACCAGCUCGAUGGUCAUGCUGGCCCCGGUCGUGUUUGAGGUCGAGCGCGCCCAGAUGGAGGAGAUGCAAAAGUCACAACAGAAGCAGGUCCUGCUGGGACCUGGCUCAGCCGUUGGCGGUGGUGGUGGUGCCCCCGGUGGCAUGCCGGCAUUGCCACCGAUGGCAGCAGCGCGAUAAGCGGAAAUCACAGAGUAGCAGCAUCCAACAAACCAGUGUUUAGUGUUUUAGUGCCGUAUAUAUGCUUUACUUUCGCUUGAUUGCUACUCCAAGGGAUAGGGGUUUUUUAGUUUUGUUUUCGGAUUCCGAUGAAAGCCAGAUAGCGACGCAUAGAGCAAAUGGCAGAUAGAUAACAACCGUGUUCUAUAUUCACAAGAUCCUCGAAUUGGAUAAUGCAAAUUGGCUAAUAGAACUCCCAUCUUGCAAGUAGAACAAUGAACAACAAGUGUUUCGUAGUCGAGAUGCGCCUUUAUAUCUCGUCUUUGCUUUCCAAGUCUACGUGCGGCUAACGCCCUUCCCUGCUUUUAUGUUCUCCCACUGGUAACGGGCAGCUGAACACGUGCUGCUAAUUCUCGUUUUCGAACUGCAUGUUUGUUCCCAGUCGUCAUAUCGUUGCAUUUCGUAGGAAGUGGCUAACCAUAUUCCUACCAGUUCACAGCAGAGAUAGAGAGAGAGAGAGAGAGAGAGUGAGCAAUACACUGAACAUAAAUAAUAUUUGUUUGUUUAAAUAAGAAGUACGUAGUCCUUAAAGGAAAGAAGGCCAGACAAAACCCAAUAAACAACAAAACACACACACACAACACAGUGGCGUAUAGUGAAA